AGAUAAGAUUUAUUUGAGUCACAUUUCGACAUCCACAAAUAACCCAUAUUUUAUUUUUUUUAUUUUGUGACUGUUUCAUUUUUCAUUCGAAAACGAGAACUAAGUAUUAUAGAGGGGUGACACCCUAGUAACCCGUCGCGGAUGUCACCCGGUCACGCUACGCCACUGUUUGGAAGGAGAGAUUCCGCCAUUUGCUUAGAAAUUUCAGAAGAGUCUAGAAAAGCCAGGUUCGUGCGUAAAACAAUAAGCAGUCUCAAAAAAUCGAUCGAAGCAGAAGCAACACUACAGAACAAAAUGCCGGCUGUGGACGGAGCAAUACAACAGUUGAAUGCGGUAACGGAUGGACCGAUUGGACCUAUUCCGAUUUUGGUCGAUCCUCGGCCGGAAUUGGUCAACUGUACACUCGGAAUGAUACUGCCAGAAAAGAUCAGAAAGGAACUAGAGGAACGUCGCGAAAAAGAGUAUUCAAGUGACGACUUGCGUUUUGCCAAGCAGAAGCCUAACGUGUAAAACAAACAAUAACGGGCUAAAAUAUAACUGAGAGCAACCCCAA